AUGGAGGCAAUGCUUCAGCAGUCUCGUGCUAUGUGCCCAUUCCUGAAGCGCACCGCUCCCUCGACCUUGCGGACUUUGUCGACUGCCACGCGCCCGAGCGCUGGCGGCGGAACCAUGUCCAAUUUGCAGGUUCUCGCUCGCCGCUGUCCAGUCAUGAGCAAGGCUCUGGCUGUUCAGAGUGCCCGAUUGAGUGAGGCUAAGCGCUUCACCUCUUCCGCGGCCGGUGUCCCUACUAUGAAGCCGUUCCGUGCUCCGACCGAGAAGCGAUCGCUGCACACCACUGGCGGUAAUCCUGCCAGCGUCGCUCCGGGUUCCUAUGAGAAGAACGAGCAGGUUCACCCUAACCUUGCCCGCCCUCUCCGUGCCGCCCCCGCCGCCGAAGCUGCAAUCCACGCACAACGUUCGGCCACCGCUCCUACCACCCGAUUCGACUACAACGCAUUCUAUAAUGGGGAGCUGGAGAAGAAGCACAAGGACAAGUCGUAUCGUUACUUCAACAACAUCAAUCGCCUUGCCCAAGAGUUCCCACGGGCCCACACCGCUUCCGCUGAGGAGCGCGUGACCGUCUGGUGCUCCAAUGAUUAUCUCGGUAUGGGACGCAACCGUCAAGUGUUGGAGUCUAUGCACCGUACCCUCGAUACUUACGGUGCUGGUGCUGGUGGAACUCGUAACAUUUCGGGUCACAAUCAGCAUGCUGUGCAGUUAGAAGACACACUGGCUAAAUUGCACGGAAAGGAGGCAUCGCUGGUCUUCAGCUCGUGCUUUGUCGCCAACGACGCCACUCUUGCUACUCUCGGCAGCAAGUUGCCCGAUUGCGUGAUUCUGUCUGAUAGUCUAAACCAUGCUUCGAUGAUUCAGGGUAUUCGUCACUCAGGGGCGAAGAAGAUGGUCUUCAAGCAUAAUGACCUGGUGGAUCUGGAAGCCAAGUUGGCUUCGUUGCCCCUCCAUGUGCCCAAGAUCAUUGCCUUUGAGUCCGUGUAUAGCAUGUGUGGCUCCAUCGCGCCGAUUGAGAAAAUUUGUGAUCUGGCCGAGAAAUACGGUGCUAUCACGUUCCUGGAUGAAGUGCAUGCCGUUGGCAUGUAUGGUCCCCACGGAGCUGGUGUUGCCGAGCACCUGGAUUACGAAGUGUAUGCUUCGCAGGACACCGCUUCACCUCAGAGUACCAAAGGAACUGUGAUGGAUCGCAUUGAUAUCAUUACUGGUACCCUGGGUAAGGCUUACGGCUGUGUCGGUGGUUACAUUGCUGCUUCCGCCAACAUGGUUGACACCAUCCGUUCUUUGGCACCAGGCUUCAUUUUCACCACCUCGCUGCCUCCUGCUACUAUGGCCGGUGCCGAUACCGCAAUUAAAUACCAGGCCGAGCAGCCACGUGAUCGCGUGCUUCAGCAGCUGCAUACCCGUGCAGUCAAGUCUGCCCUGAAGGAGCUCGACAUUCCUGUCAUUCCGAACCCGUCGCACAUUGUGCCUCUCCUCGUCGGUGAUGCCGAGGUCGCCAAGCGCGCUUCGGACAAGCUGCUUGAGGAGCAUGGUAUCUAUGUUCAGGCCAUCAACUACCCAACUGUUCCUCGUGGCGAGGAACGCCUGCGUAUCACCCCGACCCCUGGCCACACCAAGGAGCUGCGUGACCACCUGGUUCAGGCUGUGCAGGCCGUCUGGAACGACCUGGGCAUCAAGCGUGCUAGCGACUGGGAAAAGCUCGGUGGCUUUGUCGGUGUCGGUGUUGCCGGUGCUGAGGACGCCAACCAGCCCAUCUGGGAAGACGCCCAGCUGGGUCUGAGCUCGGCCGAGUCUCUCGAGGGUGCUAUCUCUCGUGAGCUCGAAGCCGAAGCUAUCACCACCCGUGCUUCCCAGGCUGUCCCGAUGAAGACUGGUAUUUCUCAGGGUACCCGUGCGUACUCCACCAUCGCCUCUACCCCUGUCGGUGUUGUUGCCUAA